AUGAUGCAAUCACCAAUAAGUUCAUCACCCGAGUUAAUCGAUCCGCGAUUUAGCCAAUUAAGAUUACCGGCAUCAUCAUCGAAAACAAAAGUGCCGACAAAGGAAAUUGAAAGUUUUUUUUGCUUCGGGUCAAACCACUUUUACUGCACUUUAAUUGAUUCAAAAGAUGCCGACAAUUGUUUUACUAAUAAGCAAAAGGAUUUAGAAUUAAAACUGAAUGAAAAUUCCCUUUACUGA